CGUAUCACAGUAAAACACACACACACACUGGUCGCUGCAGGCUGCAUCCUUCCUCUCGUCGCGAAGAGCUGCCGCGCUGCCGCACGACUCCUGCCGCGGCCACAGAGACGCGCGGCUCCUCAUCGAUCCGUCGAUCGGAAAUAAUCCAUAGCCGCAUGGUGACGUCACGCCGCUGUUAAUCGGCGCUCGUGGCUGGGUGCAGCCUUGACGCCAGGGAUGGACGCGCGCGUUUAACUCCUCCACUCCUCUUUGCACGCGGGGAUUGAUUGGAAGACAAACCAAAAAAAAAAAAAAAAAAAAAAGGGGAAAAUUAUAAUUGCACGACGAGCGCGAGGACGUGCACGCGGCUGUCUGUUUGUUUGUUUGUGACGUCGGCGCGUUGGGGAAUGGAGUAGCUGUCACGGAGGAUGGGAGCGGACUGAGCCAGCUGUGGCCUGCUUCUAACAGCAACAUCUGGCCGGGUCAGAGAGGGAGCGUGCAGCAGCCAGCCGGAUCUGUGGGGGAUAUGGAGGAAGGCGACGCAGAAGGGGAAGGGCCCAUGGUGGUCAGAGAAGGUCCAAGCCGCCAAGGCCUCCAGUCGGAGUCCAGCGCCGCCACAACAACCACCACCAACCUCCUGGCUUCUGUUAAAGAGCAGGAGCUCCAGUUUGAGCGGCUGACCCGGGAGCUGGAAGAGGAGCGGCAGAUUGUGGCGAGCCAGCUGGAGAAGUGCAUGCUGGGAGCUGAGUCGCCAGCGGGAGACAGUAGCAGCUCUUCUGAGAAGUCGUAUGCAUGGAGAUCUGCAGGUGGAGAGUCUCAGGGUGUGGCUGCAGAGGCACCAGGGCGCCACCUGGAGGUGGAGGAAGGACUGUACCUGCCUGAAGGGGACCGCGCCUCCCUGCAUGACAGUGAGGGGUCAGGAGGUCAUUCAGCCCACAUGACCUCGUAUUCAGACAGCGGGUACCAAGACAGCAGCGUCAGCUAUUACAGCAACCAGAAUGUGGUGCGUUCAGAACCUCGAGCCUCGAUAUCCAGAAGCCCCAGAGCAGAAGGUCAAGCCUCUGGGCAGGCAUCCAGUCGGAUGUUGAGGAGAAUGGCUUCCCUCCCCUCCAGGAGCCAGUCGCCCGGCUGCGGCACGACCGGAACCGUCUCCCCGUCCCGAAUCUCCAUGCGAACAUCCCAGGGCAGCACCUACGACUCGCCCAUCCUGUCUGAGCCCAAACCGCUCGCCGCCGUCUUCCCCGGCACCACCAUGCCGCCCUCCUGCCCGUCUCCCACCUCCCCCAGCGACGCCACCCAGGCCCUGGGAAACGGAGGAGGCGUAGGAGGCGGCGGCCGCCUGGGCUCCACCCUGUCCUUGAUCGAGGGGAGGGCUUUGACGGGGUCUCCACUGCGUUCAGGGAUGACGGCGAUGCCUCAGCACUACGGCUCUACGCUGCCCAGACAGAGCCAGUCGCUGGCCUACGGCGCCGAUCCGUACGGCCUGUACCAGAGGAGCGCCCUGCCGCGGCCAGACAGCCUGAUAGGGCUGCACAGCUCCUACGCCGGCCACGGGACCCAGAUGGACCCCGAGCUGCGGGCCGCCCUGUCACCAGACUGCCAGAUGACUCCUGUUUUCGACGACCGCUCCUUCCAAAGCCCCCUGUACCACAGCCCCACCCACGACCCGCAGGGCUCCCUCUACAGAGCAAACGCAGGUAUGGGGACCCUUCCUCGGACCACAAGCCAUUGCGGCACGCUGCCGUACCAAAGAAGCAGCUACGGGCUGAGCUCAGCGGCGGCGUUCGUCGACUCCGUCAGGGUGUCCACUGAGCCUGUGUACUCCCACAGACACUCGGCGCUGGUGGACCGGGUCAUCACUCGCACGCCGUCCAUCGAAAGCAUCCACAAGGACCCCAGGGAGUUUGCGUGGCGUGACCCGGAGCUGCCAGAGGUCAUCCACAUGCUGCAGCAUCACUUCCCCUCCGUCCAGGCCAACGCCGCCGCCUACCUGCAGCACCUGUGCUACGGAGACAACAGGGUGAAGGUGGAGGUGUGCCACCUGGGAGGGAUCCAGCACCUGGUGGAUCUACUGGAUCACAAGACGCCGGAGGUCCAGAAGAGCGCCUGCGGAGCUCUGAGGAACCUGGUGUACGGCAAAGCCACCGACAACAACAAGGUGGCGCUGAGGAACUGCGGCGGCGUUCCGGCUCUGCUGCGCCUCCUCAGGAAAACCACAGACAACGAAGUUCGCGAGCUCGUCACCGGCGUCCUGUGGAACCUCUCCUCCUGCGACGCGGUGAAGAUGACCAUCAUCCGCGACGCCCUGAGCACGCUGACCAACACGGUGGUCAUCCCCCACUCGGGCUGGAGCACCGCCUCCCACCGCGACGAACACAAAGUCAAGUUCCAGUCCUCCAUGCUGCUGCGCAACACCACCGGCUGUCUGCGGAACCUGAGCUCGGCGGGGGAGGAGGCGAGGAGCCAGCUGCGCUGCUGCGAAGGCCUGGUCGACUCGCUGCUGCACAUCCUGAAGGCCUGCGUCAACACCUCGGACUAUGACAGCAAGAUUGUGGAGAACAGCGUCUGCACCCUGAGGAACCUCUCAUACCGCCUGGAGGUGGAGAUGCCGUCCUCCCGUCUCCUUGGCAACCAGGAGCUGGACACCCUGCUGGGUUUCUCCUCGCCGGUGAAGGAGCUGGACUACCUGUGCUGGGGGAAGAGACGGCGCGGCAGGAAGAGGGGCGGCUGGCCCGAAGGCAAGUGGGACGGCAUCGGCCCCAUCCCAGGUUUCUGCCAGUCUCUGAGGGGGGCGGAGCUGCUGUGGCACCCCAUGGUGGUGAAGCCGUACCUCAACCUGCUGGCUGAGAGCUCCAACCCGGCCACCCUGGAGGGCGCCGCCGGCUCCCUGCAGAACCUCUCCGCCGGAAACUGGAAGUUCUCCGCCUAUAUCCGAGCCGCUGUGCGUAAAGAGAAAGGUUUACCCAUCCUGGUGGAGCUGCUGAGGAUGGACAACGACCGGGUGGUCUGCUCCGUCGCAACCGCACUCAGAAACAUGGCGCUGGACAGCCGCAACAAGGAGCUGAUCGGAAAGUACGCCAUGCGGGACCUGGUGAACCGGCUGCCGGGCGGCACGCCCUCGGUGCUGUCCGACGACACGGUGGCGUCGGUCUGCUGCACGCUGCAUGAGGUCACCAGCCGCAACAUGGAGAACGCCAAAGCUCUGGCCGACAGCGGUGGCAUCGAGAAGCUGGUGGACAUCAGCAAAGGACGAGGGAAAGGGUACUCAGUGAAAGUAGUGAAGGCUGCUGCUCAGGUGUUGAAUACACUGUGGCAAUACAGAGAGCUGAGGAGUCUCUAUAAACAGGACGGAUGGAACUACACUCACUUUGUCACCCCAGUGUCCACCCUGGAGAGAGACCGCUACCGUUCCCAGCCGACCCUGCCCACCAGCCCUCUGCAGAUGUCCCCUGUCAUCCAGUCAGGUGGCAGUGCAACAUCUUCACCCGCCAUGCUUGGGAUAAGAAGACACAGCUCAAACUACCAGAGGGCGCAGUCAUCUAUGCAACUCGACACAUAUUAUGGAGACAGUUUACACAAACGGCAGUUCACAGGGUCAGACAAGAAAACUCCCUAUUUUAUUGGGACAUAUUCCUCCCAGUCAGGAGAGGAUAUAAGAAGAUCACAGCACCCAGAGCCAUUCUACGACGAACCCGACAGGAAGAACUACAACAGCUACCGAAUGUACCUGUCGUCGCCUCAAGGCUACGGCGAGGAGCCCUACGAGGACGAGGCGGUCCACCUGCCGUCCUCGCCCGACGGCUACGCCACCCAGUCGCUCCGGUUCAAAGCCAACACCAACUACGUGGACUUCUACUCCACCACGCGGAGGCCUUCCAGCAGGGCCAACAAGUUCACCGGGUCCCCCGACUCCUGGGUGUAGGCACAAACAAAACUCACACGCAGUGUGUGUCCAGCUUUACCGUGCGUUUCUGUGGGUCUUUGUGCGUGGGGAGUGCACUGUACCGUUUGUUUGGGUGAAAAGUUGCGGAUGCAUGUGAAUCUGUGUUGGAAAUGGGCUGAAGGACCAGGAUCGAAUCACUGUGGGUCAGAAAGUAAGUAG